AAUGACACUGCAAUUAGUGUUAAGGUUGCGACCGAGCUGGUUUUACUCGCCUGGACGAGGUUCUGUUUUUAUAGUUCAUAGGACAGAUAUUAUAUGACUUGAUUGUGACAUAUUUAAUAGCGUAGGCAUCUGUAUUCUGUAACGAACUUGAGAGAGUUGUCAUUUAAAUAUGUUAGACGAUAGCACAAUGUAGUAUGAGGUCACUGUUUUGUAACCACUUUAUCAUGGUCGGCAUAUCACGCACUUUCCUAAACAUAACUCAUCUUAUUAAUAUACAUUACAGAUAUAAAAGUGAGCUGAACAACUAAUUAUUGAUAUAACUAUAGGCUAUAAAACUGCCAAAUAACAUUAGCAUCAGGAAAUUAACUUUACCACAUAAUAUUAUUUACUAACAGGAUAUCAAUUAGUCAAACUUCGUAGACCUACAUACAUGUGGACGACAUUUACAAUCUAGAAAAAACUGUUGAGAACAAGUCUUGAGCUAUUGGUCAAAGUAUUAGAACACAUCGUCUAUUGAAGCCUCUAGCAUUUAACUGCAUUAAAUAACCUUAGGACAUUGUAAUUUUUUUAAUUAUUACCCGACACAAGAGGGUAAUGUUUUUGAGGGUUCUCUCAAGUUUUUUUUUUGUGUAUGUGGGUUAGUAUGUAUGUAAAUUCCUUUGUAACAGACUAAACAGAGGUCGCCAAAGCGAUCUUUCACUAACACUGAACAAAAGGGACAAAGUCAAAUAGACAUAAAACAUCAAGACUUAAACUUUAAUAAAUGUUUAAAUUCAAACUCAGUAUCUUAUGUAUAAUAUACAAAUCUUCUUUUUUUAAAAUUCAACUUUAUAGGGGUCGAUGGAGAUUUGGAUAAAUUAUAAAGGGGUCGAUGUUCAAAAAGUUUGGCGACCCAUGGUCUACAGCCUAAACAACUGUAAAUUGCAGCACCAGUGUACGACUCCCGCAGCCGCCGCUCACAACAAAUGACGUCAACUGUCUCAAGUUCAAAUUCUUAUUAGUGCGUAAACACGUUUUUGUAAUUACUGAGGGUAGAUUCAAAAUGGGUGGAGCCGUCGCGCCAUAUUCAUAUUCAACAUUAAACCAAACGGGGCGGCGAGAUUCGCGCGGGGUGCGGGUGUGCAACACGUCACAAGUUUGCCGCAGUCGGCGCACCCGCUCGCUGCACCAUGGCGCCCGUGCGCUUCACCCGCAAAGAGAUCGCGCAGCGCAACUCGGAGGACGACGCGGUGGUCGUUAUUGACAACAUGGUGUGUGACCUCACGCGCUUCCUGCUCGACCACCCCGGCGGCGUCGAGCCGCUCAUGGAACUCGCCGGCAAAGACGCCUCGCACGCCUUCCACGAGGUCGGGCACAGUGAGUAUGCCCGCGACUGGAUGCAAACGUUCGUCAUCGGCGAAGUGGUGGAAGAGGAGAGACACGCGGUGCUGCCGUGGCCCCCGUCCGUCAUCGACGAGCAGGCAGAGCGGCGCGAACUGCGCGGACCGGUGGGCGAGUCGCCGUGGGCUACGCCGCUGCUGCUGGUGCUCGUCGCUGCGAUGCUCUCGCUCUACUUGUACCUCUGGCCGGAGGCACUGUAGGUGCUCCGGUGCCAUUUGGAGGCGGUACACCUCCGCACACCCCGAGGUUCGCCUCUCUCCACUUCAAGGUAUCAUUACAAACAUGUUUAUAUCGGUGGAUACCGCGC